CGUCAUCGAAGAAGAAGAGAGGCUUCUGUGGUGUUUCUUGGGUCAGUUGUAAAAAUAUUUGAUUGCAGUGUUUUGUUUUUGAAGAAGGACAACAGCAUGGGGGAAGCCGAGCUUGUUCCAGCCGACGGAAAACAGGCAGACUCGGGCAUCAGUACCAUCGAAGACUCGGUGGUAUGGAGUCAAGAAGUCGAGGUGUGCCUGUUCCAUGCAAUGCUAGGUCACAAACCCGUAGGGGUAAAUCGCCACUUUCACAUGAUCUGCAUCCGGGAUAAAUUUAGCCAGAAUAUUGGGAGGCAAGUGUCAUCAAAGGUGAUCUGGGACCACCUGGGAACUAUGUAUGACAUGUCAGCCUUGCAUGAGUCAGAAAUAUUGCCAUUUCCCAACUCAGAGAAGAGCUUCAAUCUUCCAGAGGAGAUGAUUCAAGAAGUAAAACAAGGUAAACUGGUGUCUGAGGAGGACAUGAAAGACGAGUUGAAAGAAGAACGAGACUCCCCAGCCACGCAUGAAGAAGGCAGCAACUCCUCGUUGAAGAUGACAGAGAGGGCGGGCAGCAAAGACAAGGAGAGAGAGCGAGACAGAGAGAAGGGUUCCGCUGAGGGCGGCCCGGGGAAGGAGGCAGCAGACAAGAGGAAGAGGAACCGCGCCACUGAUAAGGUGCUCAACUCCAGCAGCAACCCCUCCAGCCCCGGUGGGGCCAAGCGGAGAAGGACGUAGGCCAAGCCACCAGGAGGCACCCUCAAGAUAUCAGCCACUGCAGAGAGCAGGAGACACCAGGGGGAGGAGGAGAGACCUGGGACUGGAGAGACUCAUCUGUGAAGCCUGGAGGAAAGAGGGAGGGAGGGGGAGAGAGUGGCGUUUGAUGAGUCGCACAAUAGAGAAGCUAGUUGGACAAUGCUGAAUUUGGGCACAGGCGUCCAGGAGACGAGAUUAAGAACUUUCAGCCCCACAGAAGCUGCAAUUUUAGACUUAUGUUAUGUUCUCAGAACACCUAGAAAGAUGUAGCAUUCACCAUUGCCACACAAUCUCUGAAUGCAACACCGCAAUAGCAAUGUGAUGACGACAACACUGAAUCUUAUUGGUCAUGAUGAUCAAUAUACUGUCACAGCAGCUGGUGUUUUUGGAUCAUCCCCUCCAUCCAGUCCUCAGCUGUGCAUGAGAGGCCAGCAGCCAUGUUUAGUAAUAUUGACACAAUUCAAGCAGACGCAUAUCAAUGCUUCUACUCUGACAUCAGAAUAAGUGUAAUGGUUCUAGGGCUUGUGUUCAGGCUUGAGUUAUUGUGAAGUUAUCCUGUUUGGCUUUGGAGAAAUGCAGGACUACUAAAUCACAGCAAUACACCAUGUAUUACUGUCUGGACGCUUGCAUUAAUUGUCUUUUUUUGUAUGUUCUGAUUUGUUACAAGUGGUUGUUAACACGUGCAUAGAGCUGUGCACCUCGUCCAGCUCUUCCAGUGACUGCCAACCACAUUGUUAUUGUGCCUCAUCCGUGUGAAAUGUAGUUGGUAUUUGUGCAAAAUGUCAGUCAUUGUCCCUUUUUUUUCUACAGUCAUUGUCUUACGUAUUUUGUCCUUGGGGAUUAUUGAAUUUGCAUGUUUUGGUAAUUGCUAAAAAGUAUUUUUUGUCCGUGUCAGACUUUUCAGAAUAAAAUAAACAUAUGUCUAGGUGUAGCUGUAGUCUCCAUCCAUUUGAGAUUAGUUUUUUAUUGUCUAUUUAUUGGACAUGUUCCAUUUUUAAGGCGUAUGUCCCAUUAAAUUAGUUUUGACCAAG